AUGUUAGUUAAUUGUAAGCAUUAUCAAGCUUUACAUUGGUUAUUAAAAUCUUUAACCAAUUGCUAUUAUAAUGAAAAAGUAGUUUUGGCUUUAUUAGACAAUGUAUCUAAAUUAAUUAUGAAGCUUCUUACUCAGAAUUUACUCAUAACUAAAGAAACUUAUUUAAAGCAAAUACAGCUUUUUGCAGAAGAAACUACUUUUUUACAAAAAGAAUUGCAAAAAAUUCUCAAAGAAUGCUAA